AAAAAAACGGUUAUAUUGAUACAAUGACGUAAUUGUAAUUUUGUCCGGUCAAAUUAUGAAUGAAAUCUUAUCGCAAAUUCAAAUUUUAACGCUUUUCCACUUUCGUGAUACUUCAAUUCUUCGUAAAACGGUAAUUUUCUGGUGAUUAAAAAAAGAAUAAAGUGUAGGCGGAGGUUAGAAUUAACCACCUGUUGAAAGGAAACGACAGGUUGGGGGAGGAAAAAGCUUUUAUGCUUAUACUCUUUUAGUUCGAAGCUUUUUAAGGUUUAAAAUAUAAAAUGAAUUCACCCUGGCGAAAAUUUGAAGAUGAAAAAGGAUUUCCUUAUUACAUUCACGAACAAAGUAAAGUUAAACAAUGGGAUCAUCCAAAGUUUCUUGAAAUUAAAGAAAAAUUAGAUGAGUGCAAUUGGAUUAAAUAUGCUGCAUAUAGGGUGGCUUUUAAAAUAAGAUUUUUGCAACAAUCUUUAUACAUGGAUAUUAUUCCUUUGAAUUUAAUUUCUGGUAUUUUUGAAAGGCAUCAAUUAAAUUCAACAGAAAAUACUUUACGUUUAGAGAGUUAUGACAUCGAAGCUAUUUUAUCAGAUAUAUAUUUUGCUGUAAAUAAACAAAACAAUUUAAAUAUUGAUAUUGACUUAAUUGUUGAAUUGAUGCAAAAUUUUUUAUACAAUGUUUAUGAUAAAAAUCGUGAGGGUUUAGUGCAAGUAAUACAUUUAAAAUUAGUUUUAUCGUUAAUGUGCAAUUCAAACGUAAACAAUUUCUUUCAUUAUUUAUUCAAUUUAUGUGCCGAUCAUAAUAACUGCAUAACAAGAUUAAAAGUACAAACGAUUUUAUCGAAAAUAAGUGAUAUUAUUUCUUAUUUACACGAAGAUUUGAAUUUCGGACAUCAUUUAAUUAAUUCGUCAGUUGAAGAAUGUUUUGCAAAGUCUCCCGGUUUAGUUGGAAUAAAUGAAAGCAUUUUUAUUAAUUGGUUAGAAAAUAACCCACAAAUUUUAAUAUGGUUACCAACUUUGCAUCGAUUAAAAAAGUCGGAAUCGGCUGUUCAUAACGCAAAAUGCUCAUUUUGUAAAAUUUCACCCAUUGUUGGGUUAAAAUAUCGAUGUGUGAAAUGUUCACGUUAUAUUCAAUGUCAAAAAUGUUAUUUAACAGCGAGAGUUAAUCGAAUGCAUAAGAUAACGCAUAAUAUGAAGGAAUAUUGCAUAGAGGAUAAUACAAAAGAAGUUAAUCAUGGAUUAGUUAAGAAAUUAUGUUCUUUAUUACGAUGUUCGACACAAGGAAAUAAUUCAACAAUUAUUGAAACAAAUCCUAUUAGUAUUGAUAAAGAUUGGUUAUCAAGAUUACAAUCGGAUUCAGGAAAUAAUGGAGAUAUUGACCCAGUAUCCUCACCUCACUUACAACUACAAUUAAUAAUUAAACAAUUAGAAUCUCAAAACAAAGAAUUACAACAAUUAUUGCAUUUAGAGAUGAGUCCAGGGAAAGAUUUAAAAGAUUAUCUUGAAAAUCAUCGUGUUAAUAUUGCUGCUCAAAUUCAAAAAUUAAAAACUUUAAAUAAUCAUUUAAAAGAUUCUCACCCUGAUCCUAAACCACAACAAAAAAUAUCCAUCGAAUCAACACCAAUGGUUCCAAACUAUAAAAGUCGUAUUAUGAUCGAUACUUUGAGUCCGAUUACGAUCUCAAAAAGUUUCGAAAAUUUAGAUAAACAAAAUGAUUUGUUUAAAAGUAAAAGUAAUUACAUUGUUGAGCAAUCGUCUUCAAUGAAUCCAACAUUAACCGAUUUAAGUACUUGGAUUGGAGGUAAACCGUCAAUUAUAAAUGAACCAAGUAUCAGAAGCGAUUAUAAAACACCUGUUUAUGAAAUGCAUAAUGAUUUAGAUGAAGCUUUGGCAAAGUUGCAACAAAUACUUGCAAAUAAUUUCACUUUAGAUGAAUCUUUAGGAAGUAUUGAUAACGGCGAAUUAAAAAAUGCCGUAACUGAAGUUGAAGGGAUGUUAACUUCGUUAAUUGAUAACGUUGAAAGUACAAGGUGUAAUUCUGUUCAACCUCACGUUUUUGGUAAAAAUGAUGGUGAAGUUUAUGAACCUAAGUUUAAAUAUUGUUGAUUUUAUUGGUUUCGCUGGUAGAACUAAUAAAAAGAUUAAAGG